UCGAUCCUCUAUAAAAGAGAGGUGUACACCGACUGCCGUUCUGUGUUCUUUCUGACUCAACAGUUUGCAGCUGUUAUUGUCUUCGCUGUCGACCUAGGUCAGAUUACUCUCAUCAUGUUCGUUCUACUGUUUCUGAUUUCCUUGUCUUCGGAUACGUGCCAUUCACAGUACGUGUACGGAGGAAUCGUUCCCUACGACCCGAGGUAUGCCGUUCGUAGACCCGUUCGGAGAUCGGCCAUAGAAGCCCUCGAACGACUGAGGCUUCCAGUUGCCCGAUACUUCCCUCAGGUGGACACUCAAGUGGCUUCUGCGCCUUUUCCAUGGCGGCCAAGUGACAUGUAUGCCCUGCCAGCACAGUGGUCAGACGAAUAUGUGCCCACUGUUGAGGAGGACGAGACAACCGAUUAUGGCAACUAUGAUUAUGAGAAUGCUUAUAGACCACAACCUGUCUAUGCCGAAGAAGUAUAUCCACAGGAGGUUGAACCCGAAAUGCCCGAAGGAGGUCCUCUCUACAAUGAUCUGAUGUCUAGCUAUCUGAUGGAAGUACCCGAACGACCGGAAAUGUUUGAGAAUGUUCAAAGAAGGAGUGGCGUUGCCGAACCUGUGCAUCUCGACAGAGUACUAGAGGCCAACGAAAAGGCCAGCGGAACCACUGCCGUAUCUACGACAUCUGCGCCCUCACCCUCGACAACAACACAGGCCUCCCAGCAACAGGUUCAGGUGACGGCUGUGCCCGCUUCUCCGGAGAAGAAGAACGUCAAGUCGCUGGUGGUGCCGGACGUCAUGCCCGAGGCCGUCCCGGAUAGCGAGAGCUCAUGGCGGGACUUGGGACAGAAGGAGGAGCCGCUCUUCAGGCCGCUGCAGAACAGCCAGAGGACCGUCUGGAGUGAAAUGGACCUCUCCCCACUUUCCAGAGCCAAGAACACUCAGAAUAAGAGUCCCAUUCCUCUUCUGAAGCAGAUGAUCCAGAGUGGGGUCAAGAACUCGGAAGGUGCCCGGGAUCCUCUGCUGGAGGAGCUGACCAAUCUCAAGAAGAAGCCUGGCGUCUAAAAACUUGGACACCCACCGACUUUUUCCGAUUUUAAUUCCAUCAUCCCUGUCUGAUGGCCGAAGCAGCGGCACACUCGAAGCAUUAAACAAAAAAUAUCUAUCCAACAGGAAA